GCAGUGACUGAUGGGAGUCCAAGAUGGCGGCGCCCAUCUGAUCUUUCAAUUCGGAUUUUAAGUGAAUUUUGCUUUUGGCGCGGAUUCGGAGCAAAAACCAAAUCCCCGGAUUUUCGGAAUUCAGAGGCGGAUGGUCGCAGAGAAACCGUCAUUAGAAGUUUCACUCGUUAUUUUAACAGAAAUAAUGCUGAUAUCUGGAACCCAUGUCGAACGUCUAUGAAGAGAGGGUAACGAUGAUUGCAGCAGGGGAAAUGCAGGAGUUUGUUCCGUUCGGCCGUGACCACUGCAGGCGCCACCCUAAUGCCACAAAUCUUCAGCUUCGGCAGCUGCAGCCUGCUUCAGAACUGUGGUCCUCUGAUGGUGACGCAGGAUUGGUGGGAUCACUGAGAGAAGUUACAAUCCAUGAGAAACAGAAGGAGAGUUGGCAUCUAAGGAAAGGCACCUGUGACAUUGGGGAAGAGCUGGACUAUGAUGAAGAGCUGUAUGUGGCUGGUAAUAUGGUCAUCUGGAGCAGAGGAAGUAAAAGCCAUGCCUGUUCUGUUUAUAAGGCAUUUACAGUGGACAGCCCUGUCCGGCAGGCACUAUGGUGUGAUUUCAGCAUUCCACAAGACAAGACCGAUUGUGCAGAAGCUCAAGAGAAGACAGAGAAGUGCGUGUGUAUUGUACAGAAAUCCUGUGUGAAUGUGCACACCGUGGAUGGCAAGGACUACAUUGCCCCAUUACCUUUUCAGGUUGCAGAUGUUUGGGCAACCAAGUAUGGGUUAAUUUUUGAGCGCAGUAAUCCUGUGCAAGAAGCACCUUUAAGUCCUCUGAGGGAGCCACUGCCUACAAUGUUCAGCAUGCUGCACCCACUGGAUGAAAUUGCACCUCUUGUAUGUAAGUCAACAGGAGGUGUGACCAACAUCACAAGAGUACAGUACGUUGCUGACUAUACCCUGAAAAUCAUUUUCUCCAGCUCAACACCAUCAAUCAUCAUGACUUACGACACAGCACAGUGUCUGCAUGCAGUUUGGGCAUUACGCAAAAUUAAAACUGAGGAACAAAACACAGUUCUAAGAUGUCCCAGCACGGCAGGAACCCCUCAGCAGAUCGUCACCAGCAGUUCUCUGACUGCUCACCUCAGAAGUGUCUCAAAGGGAGAGUCACCUAUCGCAUCUCCAUUCCAAAACUUCUCCUCCUUUCCAAGCCAGAACAGAUCUACAGUCUCACCUGGUGCACACUCUCGCUCUCACUCUCCUUCCAUUUCAAACAUGGCAGCUCUAAGGUGAGCAAAUAAUGUCAACACAAUGGUGGUCCUAGAAAGUAAUGGCAAUCUUGUGCUGUACACUGGCAUUAUUCGGGUAGGAAAGGUGUUUAUUGCUGGACUUCCAACUCCCUCGCUUUCUGCAUCCAACACACUGCCACGGCCUAGCACUCCACUUGGCAGUGUCAGCACCCCAGCGAGACCUUCAAGCAGGCACCCCGGUGCACUGGAUGAAGCUGUGUGGCCCUCCCCAGUACCUGAGCUGAAUGAUUCCACAAAGAUUCAGGACUCGUACAUGGACGACUGCACUUUCCACCAGAUUGGAACAUACAUUCACUCCCUGCGGGAUCCUGUCCAAAACAGAGUUACCUUGGAAAUGAGUAAUGGGAAUUUAAUUAGGAUCACCGUACCUGAAAUAACAAACUCUCAAUUGGUGAAAAAAUGCUUGCAAGCAAUAAAAUAUAUCCUUCCGAAAGAGGUUGCGGUACAAGUUUUAAUCAAGUGGUACAACGCAUACAAUGCACCGGGUGGACCCAACUAUCAUUCCGAAUGGAACAUGUUUGUGAUCUGUCUCAUGAACCUGAUGGGCUACAAUACAGAUAGGCUCAAGUGGACACGCAAUCUUGAUUUAGAGGGUUCUCUGUCCCCUGUGAUCGCUGCCAAAAAAGCCAGGCCUUCAGAAGUCGGCUCAGACGAGGACUGGGAAUACCUGCUUUCGUGUGACUAUCAUCAUAAUUUUGAAUCUCACCUUUUAGCUGGUGUGCUGCAGUUAGACCCUCUGGAGGUCUUGCAUCCCAAAGAAGAGACGUUUCCGAACCUUGGCCUGGAUUCAACCACUCUACUUUUCAGCCACAUUCCUGCCAUUUUCUUUGUGCUACACUUGAUCUACGAGGAACUAAAGCUGGAUAAUCUGAUGAGGGAAGGUGCACGUUCACUUGUCAUUCUCCUGUAUCAACUGGCAAGAGAUUUGAAGCUGGACAUGUACAUGGAUUCUUAUUGGAGGGACUACCCUUUACUGGUGAAGGCUUUGAAACAAACGUGUAAAAUUGAACAAGCACAAACAAGACUCAUGCACCAGCCACCUUUUCUUACUGCUGAACCUCCUAGCAUCUAUCGAUGGCUGAGUUCUUGUCUAAAUGGUGAUAUAAUGUCCUCUUUCCCUUACCUGCCUGGCAUCUGUGAAAGAACAAAAUUAAUUGUGCAGAGUUUUGCACUCUACAUACUUGGCGAUGAGAAAGCACUGUUACAAGAGUCAUCUAAGUACUUAUCUCGGAUUGCAGCAGGACAAAGGAAACAGCAAACAGAGGAAGACAACAAAAGGCUUAGUUUGAAUCCAUGCGCCUUGUCUUCCAGCUUAGCAACGAAGUUGGUGGUUUCACUCACAAACCUAGGGUUUACCUUAAAGGAUUUGGAGACUGUUCCCUUUGGGGUUGCACUCCCAAUACGUGAUGCUAUUUAUCAUUGCCGUGAACAACCUUCCUCAGAUUGGUCUGAAGCAGCAUGUUCUCUUAUUGGACGCCAAGACCUUUCCAAGCAGGCGCAUGAAGGAAGUCUACACAAGACAAAAUCUGCAAUCGGGCAUGUGUUACUGUCAGAUGGAGGCUCCGACACUGAAGCUGAGGAGGAGGAAGAUGGAAUGAAUGACAUGAACCAGGAUUUGAUGUCUUUAAUCUGGAACGAAGAUCUGCGAGUUCAGGAGGUUCGCCGUCUGCUUCAGAGCACGCACCCGGUCCGUGUUAACGUGGUACAGAUGCCAGAAAUGAGUGACCACGAGUAUAUCGAAGAGAAAGAAAACAGGUUACUACAACUGUGUCAAAGAACUAUGGCACUUCCUCCAGGAAGAGGGAUGUUUACUCUGUUCUCUUACCAUCCAGUACCAACUGAGCCACUUCCUAUUCCAAAAUUAAAUCUCACCGGACGAGCUCCUCCCCGAAACACAACCGUUGACCUGAACAGCGGGAACAUUGAUGUGCCACCCAACAUGGCCAGUUGGGCCAGCUUUCAUAAUGGAGUAGCUGCAGGACUGAAAGUAGCCCCGGCGUCCCAGAUAGACUCUGCCUGGAUCGUGUACAACAGACAGAAGAACACUGAGCUCACCAACGAGUACGCUGGCCUGCUGAUGGCACUUGGGCUCAACGGACACUUGAGCAAACUGACCACAAUGAGCAUUCAUGAUUACCUCAGUAAGGGCCAUGAGAUGACCAGCAUUGGAUUGCUCCUGGGAAUUUCAGCUGCAAAACUGGGCACAAUGGAUAUAUCAGUCACGCGUCUCCUGAGUAUUCAUAUCCCUGCACUGCUGCCUCCUACCUCAACUGAACUGGAUGUCCCUCACAACUUACAGGUUGCAGCGGUGAUGGGUAUAGGACUUGUAUAUCAAGGAACUGCACACCGACACAUUGCUGAAGUACUUCUGACUGAAAUAGGUCGCCCACCAGGCCCUGAGAUGGAGAACUGUACUGAUAGGGAAUCGUACUCACUGGCUUCUGGUCUUGCUCUUGGCAUGGUCUGUCUUGGGAUUGUUAGACAGAACAAUGCUUCAUUAAACACCAUGGAUGGGCAAGUAGCUGAAGAUGUUGACUUGCAAACCAUGCGACAAGCUCAUAUUAACAUUAUUGCUGGUGCCUGCAUGGCAAUGGGCCUUCGAUUUGCAGGUUCAUCUAAUGCAGCAGCAUUUAAUUGUCUGUACAAAUAUGUGAAAAUGUUUCUGGAAUCUGUCUCUUCGCCUGCGGCAGCACUGGCUGGUCACCACAACCUGGAAACGUGUUUGAGUGUUGUUCUGCUUUCCCUUGCCUUGGUGAUGGCAGGCACUGGGAAUCUGAAAGUCCUCCAGUUCUGUCGAUUCAUGCAUAAAAGAACCGGAGGAGAGAUGAACUACGGCUUUCACAUGGCAUCGCAUAUGGCUCUUGGCCUCCUGUUCUUAGGAGGGGGAAGGUAUUCAUUGUGCACAUCCAACUCUGCAAUUGCAGCUCUUCUUUGUGCCCUUUAUCCACGGUUCCCAGCACACAGCACUGAUAAUAGAUAUCACCUUCAGGCACUGAGACAUUUGUAUGUGCUUGCUGCUGAGCCACGUCUCCUAGUGCCCGUUGAUGUGGAUACAAACACUCCAUGUUAUGCCCUCAUCAAGGUUACUUAUAAGGCUUCUCAAUGGUGUGAGGAAAUGACAGUAAACCUUAUGGCACCAAGCCUUCUUCCUGAAUUGCACUUACUAAAAGAGAUCAAAGUAAAAGGUCCUAAGUAUUGGGAGAUAAUGAUGGAUCUCUCUAAAGGACUCACAAGUUUGCAAUCAAUUCUGUCAAAAGAUGGUUUUCUUUAUGUCAAGCUCCGAGCAGGACAUCUCUCUUACACUGAAGAUCCCAAAGGAUUUCGCAGUCUUUUAGCUCAGACAUUCACUCACAGAAAUCCCGAGUUCCUUUCUAUCAAGCCUGAAGCUGUUUCAGCUUUUACUUCUGACCCAGCUUUGCUAUCGUUUGCAGAGUACUUCUGCAAACAAUCUAAGAAAGAAGGGAAACAGGACAUACUAGACUUGCUGUCAUCCAUCCUAUAUGAAUGCGUUACUCAAGAGAAGCCAGAAAUGCUCCCUACGUAUAUGGCCAUUGAUCAGGCUGUGAGAAGGUUAGAACGGAAGGAGAUGACUGAAACCUUUGAGCUUUGCCAGAUCAAAUUAGUGCAGCAGUUCUACAACUCUGUCUGUCUCCAGGAUAAGUUCAAAAACAGCACCAGUGCACUCCUCAUCAACUCCGAGUUUCUUCUGGCCAUGAAAAGCAUGUUAGACAAAACUCUGGAUCAAUGGCUACAUGCAUCAGGUGAUGUCCUAUUGCAUUCCUACCUAAGUGGUCAGCCUGUGGAGGAAUCAAAAAUCAGCAUGCUGGCUUGUUUCCUGGUCUACCAUUCAGUGCCUACACUUCAACAGAUAGCAGCUACAGGAAUUGAAGGUACUGCAAGCUUCUCCGAACUCCUGCUGAAAUUCAGCCAACUGCAUUUGCCAGUGCAGACUCUGCUGAGAUUAGCUCCAGUGAUUCUCGGCAGGCCCCAAGCAAUGUUGGUUUGAUGGUCACUGGGGUUUAUUACAACUCUAGACCCAGUCAGAUCAUCAGUGUCUCUUUAUUGUCCAGUUAUGGCGUUGUUUCUGCAUCAUUUAAAACAUUUUUUUAAAGUAUCUUAGGGUUGUUAUUAUUGGAAAGCAUGUUAGCAAACUGUUAAUACCACCAGUAAUUGCUGUGCAUUGCCAACUGGAUUUAGAUGUGCAUAUGUUAACUGAAGAGGAACUCACUUUGUGAAUAAAAACAUCUACUUUUGCA